AAUCGUCCCGACAAAAAUGUCGUCUUGAAUGUUUCUUUUGCCCAAUUUUGUAUAAACUGACCGCAACGAUGUCCACCGACCUAUUGAAGCAGACCCACCAACUGCAGGUGGCUCGGUUCGAGACGGCCAUGGACCGACCACCUUCCCCCGCCCGACUCGCCUACACAUCCGACAAACAUCCCCGACACACGCUGGAGGCGAUCAACGUCCUACGCAAACACAGAGAACUUUGUGACGUUGUACUUAUUGUAGGACAGAAGAAAAUUUUCGCACACCGAGUCAUUUUGUCAGCAUGCAGCCCAUACUUCCACGCCAUGUUCACGGGUGAGUUGGCCGAGAGUCGACAGACAGAAGUGACGAUACGAGAUAUUGAUGAAACAGCGAUGGAGCUGUUGAUAGACUUUUGUUACACGUCCAACAUCACAGUGGAAGAAAGCAAUGUUCAGACUCUCCUGCCUGCCGCCUGUCUGUUACAACUGGCUGAGAUACAAGAUGUUUGCUGUGAGUUCCUCAAACGACAGCUGGACCCAUCAAAUUGUCUGGGAAUACGAGCUUUUGCCGACACCCACGCCUGUCGGGAUCUACUCCGAAUAGCAGACAAGUUUACACAACACAACUUUCAAGAGGUGAUGGAGAGUGAGGAGUUCAUGUUAUUGCCGGUGAACCAGUUGGUGGACAUCAUCUCCAGUGACGAGCUGAAUGUGCGGAAUGAGGAGCAGGUUUACAACGCCUGCAUGGGCUGGGUGAAGUACAACAUCCAGGAGCGCCGCACACACCUCCCCACUGUGAUCCAACAUGUCCGCCUUCCACUAAUGAGUCCCAAGUUCCUAGUGGGCACAGUGGGAGCAGAUCUUCUAAUCAAAAGUGACGAAGCAUGUCGAGACCUUGUAGACGAAGCCAAAAACUACCUGCUCCUGCCUCAGGAGCGCCCCCUGAUGCAGGGCCCAAGAACUAGACCGCGCAAACCAAUCAAGUGUGGGGAGGUGUUGUUUGCAGUGGGGGGUUGGUGCAGCGGUGAUGCCAUAUCCAGUGUGGAGAAGUACGACCCACAGACCAAUGAGUGGCGCCUGGUAGCACCAAUGAGCAAGCGGAGAUGUGGGGUGGGCGUGGCUGUGCUCAACGAUCUACUGUAUGCUGUGGGCGGCCAUGAUGGACAAUCCUACCUCAACAGCAUAGAGAGAUAUGACCCUCACACCAACCAGUGGAGCAGCGAUGUGGCUCCCACAAGCUCGUGUCGGACCAGUGUGGGCGUGGCGGUCCUCGGGGACUAUUUGUACGCCGUAGGUGGUCAGGACGGUGUUUCCUGCCUCAACUACGUGGAAAGAUAUGAUCCUCAGACCAACAAGUGGGCCAAGGUGGCAUCCAUGAGCACCAGGAGGCUGGGGGUGGGCGUGGCCGUCUUGUGCAGCUUCCUGUAUGCUGUUGGCGGCAGUGAUGGCACUUGUCCACUCAACACAGUGGAGCGUUAUGAUCCUCGAACAAAUCGCUGGACGCCUGUCGCCCCGAUGGGGACAAGACGGAAACACCUGGGCGUGGCUGUGUACAACAACAUGAUCUACGCCGUCGGCGGCCGUGACGACACCACUGAGCUGAGUAGUGCAGAGAAGUACAACCCACAGACUAACACGUGGCAGCCAGUGGUUGCCAUGACGUCCAGGAGAAGUGGGGUGGGGCUAGCAGUCGUGAACGGACAGCUGAUGGCGAUCGGAGGGUUUGAUGGGACAACGUACCUGAAAACUGUGGAGAUAUAUGACCCUGAACAGAACUGUUGGAGGAUUGUUGGGGGAAUGAACUAUAGGCGCCUUGGAGGGGGAGUUGGCGUCGUCAAGAUGCCACAGAACGAUUCUCAUCUCUGGUAGCCUUGGCAACACUUCUGUGGGUGUGAUGUAGUUGCAGUAUUGCGUGAUGUUUCUACCACUGAAAACAGUUCUGGGUUCAGAAUUCUCAUGUGCCAUUAAUGGUGGAUACGAAACAGCGAUGGCUGGCACGGAAACUGUCUCGUUAUGUGGAAGAACCACAGCUUUCUGAUGUUGCACUGUGUAGUACAAGAGACUAGUGACUCAACAACCUGAACCACAGACACAACCUGACUCCGAAAUCUACCACUGACCACAACCAUCACUACAAGCAGAGAUUACAGUGUUUCAAAACUUGAUACAACCAUCGCUUCAGAUAGCAGAAUGAUGCUAUAACAACACAUCAUCCUCUCUGCGACCCCAGCUACGUAUGUAGACAUCAACUGAGACACCAUCAUUGACCUCUCCUCGUCACGACCAAGAUGCUGAUUUUAGAAAACCAAAAAAUGACCAAUGUAAUUAUGACUUUGAGAGUGUCUGACCUUCAACCGAAAUGCCCCAACAAUGACGGUUCGAUGUUCUAUCUUUAUCCAUGGCAAUUGUGUGGAGUUCCAACUAUAUGGUGUAAGUCUAGGGCAGUGCCGAUGUUUGGUAACCUUUGCCAGGAACAUGUGAUGCAUGAAAAGUGUUACCAUGGUUGUAUUGAUAUUACAUUGUUUGCGUCCUGCCAAAGCUUCAUGGUCAGCAUUUGUUUGCAUGUAUGGAAUAUAAUAAUGAUAUGAAGCCUCUUCACCGAUACAUGCAGCAUUGUGUCAUCCAUUCUGUUGUUACUGCUGUUUCCAUAAGUAGGGAAUAUUUUUUAUGGUUUCAUGGCCAUCACUUACUUUAAAUAGAUAUGAGAUCAUCAAAGCUUGCAUACCAGAUCUUGCUGAACGUUACCUUCAUGUCUUGUACAGGGGUAGGUUUUAACAACAAGUUUGUAUGUAGCCAGCUGGGCUUGCUCCUUUCAAAAGUUUCAUGCCCUUCUCCAAACUAACUGACCUUUCUCCAGACUAACUGACCCUUCUCCAAACUAACUGGCCCAUCUCUAGACUAUCUGGCCCUUCUCCAAACUAACUGGCCCUUCUCCAGACUAACUGGCCCUUCUCCAGACUAACUGGCCCUUCUCCAGACUAACUUGCCCUUCUCCAAACUAAUUGGCCCUUCUCCAGACUAACUGGCCCUUCUCCAAACUAACUGGCCCUUCUCCAGACUAACUGGCCCUUUUCCAAACAAGUUUGUAUGUAGCCAGCUGGGCUUGCUCCUUUCAAAAGUUUCAUUCCCUUCUCCUAACUAACUGACCUUUCUCCAGACUAACUGGCCCUUCUCCAGACUAACUGGCCCUUCUCCAAACUAACUGGCCCUUCUCCAAACUAGCUGGCCCUUCUCCAGACUAGCUGGCCCUUCUCCAGACUAUCUGGCCCUUCUCCAAACUAGCUGACCUUCUUCAGACUACCUGGCCCUUCUCCAGGCUAUCUGGCCCUUCUCCAAACUAGCUGGCCCUUCUCCAGACUAACUGGCCCUUCUCCAAACUAUCUGGCCCUUCCCCAGACUAACUGGCCCUUCUCCAAACUAACUGGCCCUUCUCCAAACUAGCUGGCCCUUCUCCAAACUAGCUGGCCCUUCUCCAGGCUAACUGGCCCUUCUCCAGACUAACUGACCCUUAAAUCUUGGCUUCCAUUUGCCUCAGUUCGGGGCAAUUUUAUGAGCAAUUAAAGAUGUUGUUGUUGUACAGAACAUUACGAAAUGGCUACCGGUUGUGUCAUAUUACCGAGAUGAUCACUGAGUUAACCAGCCCACAACCUCAUGCCCUCUAAAUAUUUUCCAAUUUAUUUUUCCAUAUUGUCCAAUUAAACGAAUUAAACAUACACAGAGAAGGGGUGGAAUUUUGACUUGCCAGAAGGGCCAUCUAUUUUAUGCUUCAGCAAGCCUUUUGUAAUUUUAACUGGCCACAGGCCAACUUGCCAGCCGUUGAAUUGUCUGAAGAAUGUCAUGGUGAUGUCCAGCAAGAUCUGGUGUGCAAGCUUUGAACUGAUGAUCUUGCAUUUAUUCCAAGGUCAAUGAAGAAUUUAAGACAACAACUAGGAUCUGCUUGAGCAUGCUGAGAUUUAUUUCAGUGUCAUGAUAUCAUUAGCUGCUCUUUUUGGGUGUUUUCUUUUUCUGUCAACUCAUUGCAUUUAAACCUGCUCGCUAUUACGGAAUUUAGAUGUGCGUAGGAAUCAUUUCAUUGUUAUUUCAUCCAUCAGUCCAUGUAUGUUUUCUUUUUCAAAUUUAUGUUCAAAUCACACUGUUUUAAGCAUGUAUUUCUCUAAUUUAGUCUGCCUAGAUUAUUGCCAUUUCCACUGCAUUUGGAAAUUGAUCUGAUUACACAAAUAUACUGACUGGAUACUGAAGCUGAUCUUGUGUAAAUGGAUGGAGGGAGGAACUGAGGAAUGGAUGGGUGGUGGGACGAAUGGAUGGAGAGAGAAAUGGAUGGAUGAUGGUCGGGAGGGAGGGAAGAAUGGAUGGAGAGAGGGAGGAAUGGAUGGAUGGCGGGGGGGAUGGGAUAGACCGCAGCAUAUAGAAGGCGUGGAUUUGAAUGCCUGGGAAGAGAGUUUGAGUGUUGAUGUCUGCAAGUCUUCCGCUGUGUAUAAGUAACUUGUACAAACUGCAUGAUCCGCCUAUUUAUUUCUUUGUAUUAUUCUGUACAUGCUGAAUGAUGUAAAUACAUUGUCUGACUGCCCCCACACGUGUGUGUAUAUGUGAGCCAGGCUCACACUUUAUCACAUUGUACCACAUGUAUCAUGUGCCCUGUAUCAUGCCAUGUAGGAUAUGGAUAUAUCAUGUACCCUGUAUCACAUGUAGGAUACGGAUGUAUCAUGUACCCUUUAUCACAUGUAGGAUAUGGAUGUAUCAUGUACCCUGUAUCACAUGUAGGAUAUGGAUAUAUCAUGUACCCUGUGUCAUGUCAUGUAGGAUAUAGAUGUAUCAUGUACCCUGUAUCAUGUCAUGUAGGAUAUGGAUAUAUCAUGUACCCUGUAUCAUGUCAUGUAGGAUAUGGAUGUAUCAUGUCAUGUAGGAUAUGGAUGUAUCAUGUACCCUGUAUCACAUCAUGUAGGAUAUGGAUGUAUCAUGUACCCUGUAUCACGUCAUGUAGGAUAUGGAUGUAUCAUGUCAUGUAGGAUAUGGAUGUAUCAUGUACCCUGUAUCAUGUCAUGUAGGAUAUGGAUGUAUCAUGUACCCUGUAUCACGUCAUGGAGGAUAUGGAUGUAUCAUGUCAUGUAGGAUAUGGAUGUAUCAUGUACCCUGUAUCAUGUCAUGUAGGAUAUGGAUAUAUCAUGUACCCUGUAUCACAUCAUGUAGGAUAUGGAUGUAUCAUGUACCCUGUAUCACGUCAUGGAGGAUAUGGAUGUAUCAUGUACCCUGUAUCACAUCAUGUAGGAUAUGGAUGUAUCAUGUACCCUGUAUCACAUCAUGUAGGAUAUGGAUGUAUCAUGUACCCUGUAUCACGUCAUGUAGGAUAUGGAUGUAUCAUGUACCCUGUAUCACGUCAUGUAGGAUAUGGAUGUAUCAUGUACCCUGUAUCAUGUCAUGUAGGAUAUGGAUAUAUCAUGUACCCUGUAUCAUGUCAUGUAGGAUAUGGAUAUAUCAUGUACCCUGUAUCAUGUCAUGUAGGAUAUGGAUAUAUCAUGUACCCUGUAUCAUGUCAUGUAGGAUAUGGAUAUAUCAUGUACCCUGUAUCAUGUCAUGUAGGAUAUGGAUAUAUCAUGUACCCUGUAUCACAUCAUGUAGGAUAUGGAUGUAUCAUGUACCCUGUAUCACGUCAUGGAGGAUAUGGAUGUAUCAUGUCAUGUAGGAUAUGGAUGUAUCAUGUACCCUGUAUCAUGUCAUGUAGGAUAUGGAUGUAUCAUGUACCCUGUAUCAUGUCAUGUAGGAUAUGGAUAUAUCAUGUACCCUGUAUCAUGUCAUGGAGGAUAUGGAUGUAUCAUGUCAUGUAGGAUAUGGAUGUAUCAUGUACCCUGUAUCAUGUCAUGUAGGAUAUGGAUGUAUCAUGUACCCUGUAUCAUGUCAUGUAGGAUAUGGAUAUAUCAUGUACCCUGUAUCAUGUCAUGUAGGAUAUGGAUGUAUCAUGUACCCUGUAUCAAGUCAUGUAGGAUAUGGAUGUAUCAUGUACCCUGUAUCAUGUCAUGUAGGAUAUUGAUAUAUCAUGUACCCUGUAUCACGUCAUGUAGGAUAUGGAUGUAUCAUGCUAUGGUAUUACACAUGUAUCCAGUUAUCGAUGUAUCACACGGUAUGAUGUGGAUGUUUUAUGUAUAUGUACCAGGUGUGUCUCCGUAUCAUGCACCCCACAUCACACACCAUGCUUGAUAUGCAUGCACACAUACCUUGACAAUGCACAGAGAGAUGAGUGUUGUAUGGUCAAGUUAUACUGUGUGAGACGGCCACUGGUAUAGAUGCAAUGUUUCCUAAUUGGGCAAAAACCUACUUUGCACUCUGCAGUUUGGUGACAUUAAGCACUUAAAAUAUGUUACCAUGGUAACUCACAAAUAUGUGUAAAUAGAAUCUCUUAAAAUGACUGAAUAAAUAUAUAAAAUGACAAA